AUGCGGACCCCGCAGGGCUCAGAGGGGGGCGUGCCCCUGCCCGGGGGCAGCUGUGGCAGCGGCGGCAGCACCGGCAGCUCGGGGCUCUCUCCGGGGUCCGAGUCCGACGGAGGCAGCCCGGUAGGCGGCGGGGUGGGGAGCAUGGUGGACGGAGGCGUCGGUGUGGGUGGAUGCAUGGGCGGAGGAGGAGGUGGAUGUGGAGGUGGAGGCAGCCUGGGCGGCACUCUGAGGGGGGUCCUGUCUCGCUAUUGGAGCUUGGAGAGCCUGCACUCCACCACAGCUGUGGUCGUUCCUGAUGGCGCAUCAGAGAAGGCAGGUCUGGGUGAUGAGCUUGGGAGCGAAGAGGAUCUUCUGUAUGAAGAAUUCCGGAGUUCUGGACAUCGGUUUGGGCAUCCAGGAGGAGGCGGAGGAGAGCAGCUAGCCAUCAAUGAGAGCUCCACCCCACCCCCACUCAGUGUGUCUGCCUCCCAGCGGUUGCUAUGGCCUUGCCUCAACCACUCCUGCGUCGGCAAAGUGGCAGGAGAAGCCGGGGAGGCCACCACCGGGGCCGCGCGGCGGUGGGGGGGGGGGCCGGCGCCAGAGGACAGCAGCGGGGACGCUCCGGGAGGAGGAGGAGCAGGGGGGGAGGCGGUGUGGUGCGGGGGCGCGGCGCUCCGGGAGCGGCGGCUGGGCGGCGGCGGUGGCGGUGGCCCCCGGGGGGGGGGCCAGGACGAGGCCAAGGGGCCGAUGGCUCGCGGGAACGGCUCGGGACGCUGGAGCCGGCAGCGGGCGGGCUUCUUCAACGCCAUGCUGCGCUGCAACCUGCCCCCCGACACGCAGAAGGUGGUGGUCUUCAUCAUCAUGAUGCUGCUCAUCGUCAUCAACGUGGUGCUCAUGUUCCUGCUGGCCUUCCAGUAG